AUGAUACAUAAAAUCAAAGAAGGGUGGAAAAGGACAGCGUUAGGGCUGCUUGGGGUGUCGGUUUUCUCUCUGUUGUGGAAUAUAACCGAAGCUCAGACGCGCUAUACCAUACCAGAGGAGUUAAAGGAAGGCUUUGUCGUCGGAAAUCUCGCCAAGGACCUUGGUUUUGACGUCUCAGAUAUCGCCCAUCGUAAGUUACGAAUAGCUUCUGAGUCUAGCGGACAGUAUUUUCGUGUCGAUUCAGAAAAGGGCGACCUGGUCGUGAAUGAUAGGAUUGAUCGGGAAGGCAUUUGCGCACAAAGCGGCAGCUGCCUUUUACAGCUGCAGGUUGUUAUUGAGAAUCCUUUACAGCUGCACCGAGUUGAAAUAGAAGUACAAGAUAUAAACGACAACUCGCCGAAUUUUCACACAAAAGAUGGCGUGUUAAAAAUACCAGAAUCUAUCGCUCCAGGAGCUCGGUUUCCUCUCGAAAGUGCCGAGGAUCUUGAUGUCGGUAGUAACAGCCUGAACUCUUACUCUCUGAGCAAAAACGAUUUUUUCCGUCUAAAUGUCAAAACACUUAAAGAUGGAAGGAAAGUGCCAGAGCUGAUUGUGGACAAACCUCUAGACAGAGAGAAACAGUCUAUUCACAAGCUCAUUUUAACAGCCUUAGAUGGUGGGAAUCCGGUGAAAUCCGGCACUGCUUUAGUGCAGAUUGUAGUACAAGACAUUAAUGAUAAUGAACCGAAAUUUGAAGUGACGGGGUAUAAAGCACAAGUGCAUGAAAGCGCUGUGGUUGGUUCGAGUGUAAUAAGUUUAAAAGCCACAGAUUUAGACGAAGGUUCAAAUAGUGAAGUUCAGUAUUAUUUUGGAGCUCAUACCACCGAUCCAGUGAAGCGAGCUUUCAGUGUGAACCCAGAUACAGGAGAGAUCACAGUGCUUGGAAAUUUAGAUUACGAGAUCACAAAGUCAUAUACAUUUGAUGUAUGUGCAAAGGAUAAAGGAAACCCAGCACUUGAGGGCCAUUCGUCGGUUCAAAUAGACAUAGUGGAUGAAAACGAUAAUCCUCCCGAAAUUAUUCUCACGUCUUUGCCUAGUCCUGUGCCAGAAAAUGCGACAGUCGGAACUGUAGUAGCGCUGAUUAAUGUCAGAGACUUGGACUCCGGUGAUAAUGGCAAAGUCGAGCUAAAUAUCUCUCCGGAUUUUCCUUUUAAACUUAAACCAUCUUUUGAUAAUCAUUACUCUCUGGUAACUGACUCGCUGUUAGACCGUGAAGUUAAAGCGGAAUAUAAUGUGGAAAUUAUUGCUCGUGAUUCUGGUGUGCCAUCUUUGAAAACUACAAAAUUUGUUAAUGUCAAAGUACUCGAUGUAAAUGAUAACCCACCGAUUUUUUCUCAGCAGUCUUACAGUGUGUAUGUUAAAGAAAAUAAACCAGCAGGCAACGCGUUGUUUUCCCUGGCUGCUUUUGAUAUAGACACAGAUAAAAACGCUUUAAUCACAUAUUCUAUACUGGACUCGAAAAUGAAUCACAUUCCAGCAUCGUCAUAUUUUUAUAUAAAUGCUGAGAAUGGCACCCUCUACACAAUGAGCUCCUUUGACUAUGAAAAGAUGAAAAUGUUGAGCGUUAUAGUCCAAGCGAAAGAUCACGGCUCUCCGUCUCUGAGCAGCAACGCCACGGUUCAUGUUUUUAUCGUGGACCAGAACGACAACGCCCCCGCUGUCAUUUACCCCUCCGCACUCAUGGGCUCUGUGUCUCAUCAGAGGAUGCCCCGCUCCGCUAAAGCAGGACACCUCGUUACUAAAGUCACAGCAGUGGACGCUGACUCGGGCCAUAACGCCUGGAUUUCCUAUCGGCUAGCGGAGGCCACGGACGCGUCUCUCUUCACUGUCACUUUACACACAGGAGAGGUGAGGACUAAGCGCUCUGUUGCAGAGCAGGAUGACUCCUCUCAGAGACUGCUCAUAGAGAUAAAGGACAACGGAGAACCGGUGCAGUCCACCACAGUCACUGUGGAUAUACUGAUAGAGGACGGCUUUCAUGAACCAGUCUCAGACUUUAGACACAAAAACACAGAACCUGAUAAGAAAAGUAGCAAAAUCACGUUAUAUCUCAUCAUUUCUCUCGCCUCCGUCUCACUGCUGUGUUUGGUGACAUUUUUGGUCUUAUUGGUAAAAUGUGCUCGAAGCAGUAGAGGCAGCUCGAGCUGCUGUAUCAGACGGAGCGAUUGUGAAUAUAAAAACCCCAACAGAAACCUGCAGAUCCAGCUCAACACUGACGGACCCAUUAAAUAUGUGGAGGUGCUGGGAGGAGACAUGAUGUCUCAGAGUCAGUCCUUCGGCUCCUAUCUCUCUCCAAUGUCCGAAUUCAGUGAUUUCACCCUCGUUAAGCCCAGCAGCACCACAGACUUUACAAACACUCUGAGCGUGCUCGAUGCGUCACUUCCGGACAGCACGUGGACGUUUGAGAGUCAGCAGGUGAGGAAAGAUGCGGUUUGCCUUAACGGUAUUUCAGAUAGGCUACAGUGUAAUGUAGGCUGUUAAUUGUUUUGAGUACUGUUUUAUUUAGUUAAAUUCGAGUACUUGCUUGUGGUGUAACAGCUGUAUGUGUG